CACUUACAAAACAAGAGCAUAGAAAAGCGACAAGAGCCUGCAAGACCGCGACGGUCUGUCCUGCGAGUGAUAGAACGGAGUUUAAAUAAAAGUAAUCUUUUUUUUUUAUCCUCGAAGUAAAUGCUGACGAAGAUGAAAAGGUUCAAAUCGGUUGACGACUUGGUUUAUCAACGGGCUCGAAUAAUUUAAGAAUUUGUAUGGGAUGCUAUGCAGUUGGCUGUUCCAUCUCACUACUCAAAAAAUAGUACUAAACAGAUAGACGACAAAUACUUCUGCAAGGCUGUAGGUGAGGGGUGGCAGCAGCGUCACCAAUAACGAAACGUGCGCGUACUACGAAAUCCUUCCAUUUGCAGUACUUAGAACGUCACAAGCGCAUGGAAACAUACAUCUAGAUAAACGCAAUGCGGCCACAAACUCAUGUAGAAGCAUCAGCGGAUAUAGACGCACAUGUAAAUGAUUAACAAGAAGACUAGGGGCGGCCCAGGUCAGAGCCUCUUCUGUAGUUUUGGAUUGUCGUUGCUGCUCUUGAGGAGGCACAAAGUAACAGGCGCCGAGGUUGACCGAUCCCGGACGGUCCCAUCGCAACAAACGACUAAAACAUUUACGGCUUCCUAGAUGGACUUUGCUCAUAAUGAUGAUGAUGAUGUUACCUUGCGAUUCAUCCGGAAUCAACAAACUGACGAUCCGGAGCAUCACAACAACUGAAGCUCACGAGUUAUCUAGGCUUCAAUAGAACAAAUACGCCUAAACCUAGAUUAGCUUUCGAUCAACACCUCCUCCCUCCCUCUGGAAUACAUCCUCGUAUUCUCAAGUGUGGUUCUCCUCACCCGAUUGUGAAAAGAUCCCUCGCAAAAAUAAGAGAGCUAGUGACGUCGACACACACGAUACCAACAGUGCAACCCGCAGAUACUCUCCAGGCAUCAUUCGUCGUGAAGUGGCUCACUGUUUAGCGUCUGUGUGCCUUUGUGACAAGUGAGAAAUAAACAGUGGGCGGCACGAAACUUUUUGUUGCUUCGUACAGCAGGGAUGUUAUCCCAAAAUCUAUACCCGUUCGCCGUUCUGCUAGGAGCUUCGGCAGCCUUCAGUGGCGUUCUCGGGCAAGACGUCACCUCCUUUGAAGGGACAGCUACAACAUCUGCUCCGACGACGACGACGACGAAAUUACUGCCAGCUGAAGUAAGCACUAUACCGAUACCGGCUGAAGUGUUGACGGUAGCGGAUAACUCCACAGAUGCAGAUUCUCAUGUUAACGCCGUGCAAGACCUGCUUUCUCAGCCAGUGACAGUGUCUGAAGAUGAUGACAAGGUUGAUUUGUCGCCCUCAGCUAUAGGGAGUCGCUCGGUAUUGCCCCGUCAAAAUUCGGCAGGAUGCCGGGCGCCAAUUGGUGAAAUAGGUAUUUGCGACACCGUACGUCAAUGUCCGGGUAUCUAUCGAAUCCGGGAUUCGUCUUAUCUGCGUAGUUUCCUUUGCGGAUAUCAGGGCCGGACGCCCCUCGUGUGCUGCCCCGUACGAUGGACAGUGAACUACUAUUAUGGCUACCAAACGACGACAACAACAACAACAACAACCCGAGCACCAUUCUACGGGUAUGGCUAUGACUGGUAUGGGAAUAACCACCAGCAACACCCUCAAUACCAAAGUUAUUAUGGACGACAACAACAACAACAACAAUACCCCGAGUAUGGCCAUAACACACCUUAUUCCCAGUCCUUGUAUCCCCAAUACCCACACUACCCGAGACCGGUACCCCAGAAAAUUUUUCAUUUUAGCACGACGUACCGACCCGCGUAUGUACCGAUUUCGGCCACCGUCACUGCCAAACCAACAACGGCACCAAUACGUUCGAGUACGAUUUCGUCUCAGGAAGAACGGCCACGCAAGCCGAGCUUCCUUCCCGCCCGGUGUGGUGUCGGCCACGGCAUAUCUCGCAUCGUCGGCGGAUCCGAAGCCAUUCCUGGAAGUUUCCCAUGGAUGGCUGCUAUUUACAUACAGUCUGGAAGCAGCUGGCUACAGGCCUGCGGAGGUGCACUCGUCUCGAACAAGCACGUCAUAACAGCUGCCCACUGCGUCGUGUCUGGUAGCCGAUCACAAAAUCUACCUACGAGGCUAUUUCUUAUUCGGCUGGGUGAUCACAAUCUUGUAACCACUGACGAUGUUCCAGCAGGUGUUACACAGGACUUGAAGGUGGACAAAAUCAGCCGGCAUUCCGACUUCGAUUCAAAGACAUACAAGAACGACAUUGCAAUUAUGGAGCUCGAGACUCCAGUCGAAUUCAACGACUAUAUAAAACCCGUUUGCUUGCCCUAUGACGAUGUCUAUGGCAAUUUGGAUGAAGAGAUCGCUAUCGUCACUGGUUGGGGCUACACCAAAUACGAUGGCCAGGGUAGCAACGUGCUCAAACAGGCUACCAUUCGAAUAUGGCCACAGGAAGAAUGUAAGGAGGCAUUCAAACGGGAGGUGUCAAUCACUGAAGAGUACCUCUGUGCUGGUGACGGCAGAAAAGAUUCCUGCCAAGGAGAUUCUGGUGGUCCCCUCGUCUAUAAUGAAGGUACAAAGUUCUACCUCAUCGGUGUAGUGUCCUUUGGAAAGAAAUGCGCCACGCCUGGCUACCCCGGCGCAUAUACACGAGUUACAAAAUAUCUUGACUGGCUCAACAAUCAUUUUUAGAAUAAAACUGAAAAAAAAUGAUGGUGUUCGCAUCCACUAACAAAUCAUUGGUUCGUUAUAUCGACGACCCCUGUCUCCUGUAUCUAGCAGAGUGAGUAGGUUGCGCGGAAAAGUUAGCUCGCUCGUAGCAGUUGUCAGCCUCUCGUUGUAGUUCAAGUAUGUAAACUGGGCCUCUUAACACCUCUGAGGCCCAGCUGAAAAGCAUCUGUCUCGGAAUGGCUUCCGGACAAUUGUAAAGGUUUACUAUUAAUAUAUGAAUAAAUAUAUUACAUACAUACUAUCUACAACGUAACUGGUGGCUUGUUUAAAUAAAAUUAAAACGUGGUCAAA